AUGUUUAAAAUACGGAAAUCUAAGGAUGAGGAGCCAACAGCUCCGGGGCAGGUGCGGAUCAAAAAGAAGUCAAAGGUGCCUGGAGUUAUGAUCACCCAGUUUGUAGAAGAACUACCUGAAGGGAUGAGCACCCCAGAUUUUACUCGGAAACCCAUCGCUCUAACUAUUCAAGAAGGAAAACUGGCAAUCUUCAGAGCGGUCAUUACUGGAAAUCCAACACCAACUGUGACCUGGGCCAGAAACGAUGGGGAAAUCGAUGAAGAAAGGUGCCAAAUAGUCUUCGACAAAACUUCUGGUGAACACCAACUGCAGAUGCCUGAUGUAUCGGUGGAUCAAGCUGACACCUACAAGUGUUUUGCCAGAAAUGAGUAUGGCAAAGCAGUUGUAACUGCUGCACUUAAUGUUAUUGAAGUUGGCUAUAAGAAGAACAGAGCCAUGCAAGCAUCAAGAACAGCUGUCCGAGAGAUGCCUGAGGACUUCAAAAAGGCCUUGAAAAAUAAGGUUGACAUGGAUGCAAAAGAAGAAAAGAAACCUGAAAUUGAUGAGAAGUUUUGGGAACUGCUGAUGAGUGCAGACAAGAAAGAUUAUGAGAGCAUCUGUGCUCAGUACGGUGUCACUGAUUUUCGUCGAAUGUUGACGAAACUAAGUGAGAAGAAGUUUGAAAGAGAACAGGAACAAGAAAGGGUUGUUGAAAGGCUAUGCAACCUAAAGCCCAUUGAGUUAAAGGGGGAUGAUGCAGAGUUUGAACUUGAAAUGUCACUUAGGGACCCUACCAGCAAAAUCUUUUUAUUUAAGGAUGGAGUUAUGAUUCCUUUUGAUGCGGACACAGAGAUAAAACAUGGACUGAAGCAAGUGGGAAAGAAGUUUGUGUUUAGCAUCAAUGGAGUUGAUCCAGACGAUGCAGGAUUAUACCAAGUGGAGGUCGAUGGUGUUAAGAUCUUCUCGACUGACUUCAAACUCCCCCCAGUGGAAUUCUUAGUGAAGAUUCAAGACGUAACAGCAGAGGAGAGAGAGGACGCUGUGUUUGAGUGUGUCGUCUCACAUCCCCUGAAGAAGAUAAAUUGGACGGGAAAGAAUGCCCCUCUCGAGCAAGGGGACAAAUACGACAUCCUUGUGUCAGAGGAUAUGCUGAUUCACACAUUGGUGGUGAAGGACUGCAUGCCGUUGGACAAAGGAAUAUAUGCUGCUGUGACUGGAAUGGUAUCCUGCAGUGCCUGGCUUAUAAUAGAAGCUGAUAGUGAUCCAAAGACAAAAGGAAAGAAGAAAGCUCGCAAAACAACCAGAGCAGGUGGUGGUGGAGCCGAUCUUUUGUUGAUUGCCCAGGAGCAACAGGCUAAGAUACAGAAAGAGAGAGAGGAGUUGAUUGCGAAGGCAAAGGCAGAGGCAGAAGCAGCAGCUGCUGCGGCCGCUGCGGCUGCAGCUGAGAAAGCAGAAGCUGAAGCUAAAGCAAAAGCGGAAGCAGAAGCCAAAGCUAAGGCUAAAGCUAAAACUAAAGGGAAGACAAAGGCAACUGAAUCUGAAACUGAAACUGCAAAGACAAAGACAAAGACAAAGGCAAAGGCAAAGCCAAAGGCAAAAGCAAAGGCAAAGGUAAAGUCAGAAGCAGGAGAAGGUACAGAGGCGGUAAAAGGCGCAGAUGAGGAAGCAACUGCUGUUGAUGAUGUAGAGGAUGAAGAGGGUGAAGAAGAGGAAGAGGACGAGGAUGUGCAGGAGGAAGAAAUAUCAGAAGAAGGUGAAGCUGCAUCAUCAGAACCCGAACAGAAGGGACAGGCAAAGGAGGAAGAGGAUUCUGCUGAAGUUGAAGAAGGAGAGCCUGGUCAAGUGAAGAAAAAGAGAGUGAGAGCAGGCCCACUUGUUCCUGACACAGUCAUCGACCCUGGGGUAUACUUCACCAGUGGACUGUCAGAUGUAGCCGCAAUCAUAGGUACUGAUGCAGAAAUGGUCUGCAAACUCAGCAGUGAGGAUUGUGACGCAGUCUGGUACAAAGAGGGGAAAGAGAUAACAGCUACAGAUGAUAUAUGUAUCGUUAAAGAUGGGACUUAUCGCAAACUAAUCAUCAAAAACUGCAAAGAGGAGGAUUCUGGAAAGUACCGAUGCGAAGCUGAUGGCCGCAAAACAGAAGCUGCGCUAAGUGUUGAAGAUCCUCCAAGAAUUAACGCUGAUGACCUUACCGAGUUCAUGAAACCAGUCACUAUCAGAAGUGGGAAAGAUGCAGCUUUCAAGGUUACCUUUGUUGGCCAGGAACCCAUGAAGAUCAAGUGGUACAAUGAGGGUGAAGAACUGUUGGAGGAUAGCCAUACCAAGAUUGAAAUCUCCUCUUCACACAGCCGGCUGCUGCUUACCAAGUGCCCACGCAAAAUCUCAGGAGAAAUUAAGAUUAAGAUUAAAAAUGAAUGUGGAACAACAGAAGCCAUCUCCCAGCUCGUUGUGUUAGACAAACCGACGCCACCCCUAGGCCCUGAGGAUAUCAUUGAAAGUUCAUCAUCUUGCAUUGAGUUCAAAUGGAGGAUUCCAAAAGACAAUGGUGGUUCCCCAAUCACAAACUACGUCCUGGAGCGCCAGCAAAUUGGCCGAAACAGCAGGAAGAAAUUAGGCAAGAUUGGCCCUGAGCCUAAAUACAGGGACACUGAUGUGGAUCAUGGAAGAAAGUACUGCUACCACAUCAGGGCAGAAACAGAUCAAGGCCUCAGUGAAAAGAUGGAGACCGAUGACAUUCAGGCAGGGACAAAAGCAUACCCUGGAGCCCCUUCUACACCAAAAAUUGUAAGUGCUUUCAAAGACUGUAUCAAUCUUUCUUGGUCGGCACCCACCAAUACCGGAGGAACCAACAUUUUGGGAUACAUCGUUGAGAAACGCAAGAAUGGUAGUAAUCUUUGGGGCCAAGUCAACCCACCUGAUGAGCUCAUCAAAGAGAAAAAGUAUGCAGUGAAGGAAGUUGUUGAAGGCAUGGAGUACGAGUUCCGUGUAUCAGCUGUCAACAUUUCUGGUGCUGGAGAGCCAAGUACACCUUCUGAAUUUGUGUUUGCAAGAGAUCCAAAGAAGCCACCUGGUAAAGUUAUUGACCUGAAGGUGACAGACUCCACAUACACCACCUUAUCACUUGGCUGGACCAAACCCACAGAGGAGGAAGGGGUCAAAGAUGAGGCCAAAGGAUACUUUGUGGAGCUCAGACCAGCAGAAAACCCAGAAUGGGGUCGCUGUAACUCCAAUGCUAUCAUUAUGACCUCUUAUACUAUCAUGGGUCUGAAGUCUAUGGCCAUGUACUGGGUAAGAGUUGUAGCCAACAAUGAGGGGGGAGACGGUGAGCCUCAAGAGUUGAACAACUACAUCAUUGCAAUGCCUCCUCCAGUGAGACCUCAAUUCACUGACAAAAAAAUUAAGAACUUUGUGGUGAUGAAAGCAGGGAACGCAGCUCGAAUCAACUUCAACUUUGUGGCUUCUCCACUACCAGAUAUCAAAUGGCUCAAGGAUGGUCUUCCUGUUGCCAAGCAUGUGACAGUGGGCAACACGGACACAUCAUCGCAGUUAAUGAUCCCCUCAGCAGAGCGCUACGACACCGGGAUUUACACAAUCAUCCUCAAGAACCUUGUUGGUCAGGAGACCUCUAGUGUUGAGAUAAGAGUUACAGAUGACCCCAAGCCUCCAGGCCCCGUGGAGCUGGAUGAGAACGUGUCAGGAACGGUGACGGUCUCCUGGACUCCCUCUCCAGAUGAGAAGAAAGACGACAGGCUGCACUACAUGAUCACCAAGCGUGAUUCUGUAAAGCGUACUUGGCAAACUGUGGCAGACCAUCUCUUUAAUAACAAGUUCACUGCCAUCAAUAUCAUGCCGGGAAGGCAGUAUAAGUUCCGGGUCUACACCAAAAACGACAUGGGAGUUUCCAAUCCAUCUGAGUCACCAGUCUGGGAAGUGAGGAAAAGAAAAGAAACAUUUUCCGUGGAUCUUCCUGAGUCUAAAAACUGCAGCUUUGAGGCGCCUCCCUCAUUCUCUGUUCCCUUAAAAAUGCAUAAGAGUCCAGAGAGCUACGAGUGCUACAUGAGUUGUGCAGUGACAGGAAACCCCAGACCCCAUGUUACCUGGUAUAGAAAUAACAUCAGCCUUAAUACCAACCCUAACUACUACAUCACUAACACAUGUGGGGUCUGCUCCAUGGUGAUACUCAAAGUUGGGCCCAAGGACAAUGGGGAUUACACAGUCAUUGCAGAAAGUCAUCUGGGCAGAGUGGAGUGUUCAACCAAACUUGUUGUGCAAGAUUAAGAUGAUGCAGUGGGCCUGAACUCCUGGAGAUGCCUGUUCAAUUUAAAAUAAAUGGAAUACAAAGCAUUUGCCACUUUUGAAAUCUUAUUUUUUGGU